UUGGCUGGUAACCGUUAUGUUCGCGAUUGCUGUGUGCUUAUCAUCACAGAGACAUGGCUACACACACAAGUCCCCGAUGCCACGGUGCAACUAGUAGACCACACACUACACAGAUGGGACAGGAACAGUGACUCCGGGAAGAACAGAGGAGGCGGGCUCUGCAUCUAUGUGCAUGAUGGCUGGUGUAACAACAGCACUGUCUUGGACAGACACUGUUCUCCUGAUCUGGAAUUUAUGUCGGUGAGAUGCAGACCCUUCUUUCUGCCUAGAGAGCUAGCUGCUGUUGUCAUCACUGCAGUCUACAUACCACCAGACGCUAAUGUAAACAUGGCUCUCUCUCUACUGCUAAAUGCCAUCAAUACCCACCAGCGCGCCCACCCUAGUGGAGUCCACAUCAUUGCAGGGGACUUCAAUAAGGCAAAUCUAAAGACUGUAUUACCAAAAUUCCACCAAUAUGUAAAAUGCCCUACAAGAGGGGAAAACACUCUGGAUCAUGUGUAUUCCAACAUCAAGCAUGCGUACAGAGCUGUACCCCUUCCCCACCUGGGCCAGUCAGACCACCUCUCCCUGCUCCUAACUCCAGCAUACACCCCUCUCAGUCGACAAACAAAGCCCACAAAGAAGACCAUCACCACCUGGCCUGAGGACGCCCUCCCCCGACUACAGGACUGCUUCGAAAAUACACAGUGGGAAGCCUUCUAUCACGAAGACCUGGAAAUAUUCACAGAUGCAGUACUGUCCUACAUCAAGUACUGUAUUGGGAAUGUCACUGUUGAAAAGAGGAUCUGGGUGUUCCCAAACCAGAAACCCUGGAUGACGCGCCAGGUCCGUAUGCUCCUCCGGGCCCGUGACUCAGCCUUCAGGUCAGGCGACAGAGCAUUGUACAGCGCCGCUCGUGCCAACCUGAAGAGAGGCAUUAGGACUGCCAAAGGUGAAUAUAAGAGGAGGAUAGAGGAACAUCUAAACAAUCCAAGGCAAGUGUGGCGGGGCAUACAGACCAUCACCAACUACAAAGGCUGUGCUGUGACACCCGGGAACUUGGAUGCGGGACUGGCAGAGGAGCUGAACAGCUUCUUUGCCCGCUUUGAUGGUCCAGGUGCAGCAGACUCCACCGAGAACAUCCUGGCCAGAGAAUCGGACGUAUCAGACCAAGGUGGCCUGGGAGGGAGCUGCCACACGAGCAACACCAACACAACCCCCCAUAAACCCAAGACAGCCUCUGAGCACAGAAAGUCAUCAAAGCCAAUAAUGGAAAAGAGGAGAAAAGCCAGCAUCAACGAGAGCCUGGCUCAGCUAAAAACCCUCAUCCUGGAUGCUCUCGGGAAAGCUAGCUCCAGACACUCUAAACUGGAUAAGGCGGACAUCCUGGAGAUGACGGUGAAGCAUCUCCAGCACCUCCAGAGGGCUCAAAUGACCGCUGCCCUGAACACCAACCCUACAGUCCUGGGGAAAUAUCCAGCUGGUUUCAAUGAAUGCAUGAACCAGGUCACCCGAUUUCUUUUUACAGUGAAGUCAGGACACGGCUCCUCAGCCACCAGGCCAAGCCCCCACAGGGGGCCUUUCUCAGGGCCACAGCAUCUCCAAAAAGACCCAGCAUGUGGGCCCAUUUAUGAGACGCUGUCCCCUCCACCAAAGGAGAAGGAGGGAAGACAUGGAGGAGGAAGAGAAUGA